UAUCGAUAGGUAGCCGUUUGCGGCAAAGUAAAUUUCGUGUGUUCUUUAGUUGGUUAAAUCACUUUUUUGGGCGCCGGCACGCAAACAAAAUAAGCGGGGUGGCCAAGGGAAGCUCGGAGCCGGCAACUGGGCAUCGACCCCCCACCUAUCCAAAGAAGAUAGCGACUUUUUCUGAUCUGUCAGAUAUACAGAAACAAAGUUACGUAUUCUACGUAUUCCGAGGGCAGUUACGUAUUCGCAUUCGAAUUCUGGGUUCUAGCUGGCCGCUGAAAUAAGGGAAUGAUGUUGAAGGGCCUGCGGCACGUCCGGAAUGUGCUGCUGCAGCGUGGCGGCCACCAGUGGGGUCCGAUCCGCGGCGCCAGUGGUAAGCAGGGCGUCAGCCCGGAGCUAUCGCUUCUGCAGCUCAGCCGGCGACAGGUGAAGCAGCUGCAGGCCGAAUACAAGGCGAUUGUGGGCGUAAUAGCUCGCUCGCUGCAACUUACGCCCCGGGAAGUGCGUCUGAUGCACCUGCGCUGCUUGAGCACCUCCGGCAAAGCACCGAAGGAGCCGACGCAAGAAAAGGAGGGAUCCAAAGACAAGCCUACGGAUGAAUCUAGCAAGCAGAAGCCAGCUGCAACAUCUGUAAGCGAUGACAGUAGCAGCAAGUCCCCAGGAGGGGAGGCGUCCAGCUCUGCCAAUCCCUCAAGCAGUUCCAGCGGCGAUUCUGCCGAAGAUCCCAACAAGAACAGCAAUGAGAACGACGAGAAGAUGCGAUCCGUCCUGACCAAGGCCGUGCUGUGGCUGUUCACUAUCUACAUGUUCGUGGCCUUCUUCUCCCUGCUGAUCACACCGCGCUCCGAAAGGCCAGAGGGAUCCACGCGCUACGUCUCCUGGAACGAGUUCGUUCACCACAUGCUGGCCGUGGGCGAGGUGAAGGAGCUCAUCAUUCGGCCAGACAUGGAAAUGGUCACUAUCAUAUUGCACGAUGAUGCCGUGAUCAAGGGUCGGAAGGUCUCCUCCACCAUCUUCCACAUGGCAGUGGCCGAUGCGAACAAGUUCGAGGAGAAGCUGCGCGAGGUGGAGAAGCGGCUGGGCAUUAAGGAGGGCGUCCCGGUGACCUACGACCGUCAAACGGACACCACCGGCCGCAUCCUCAUGCUGCUGCUCGUCUGUGCCCUGCUCAUGUCCAUUGCCACGCGCAUGAAGAGCGUCAAGAGUCCACUUAGCAUGGAUUCAUUCAACCAAAUGGGACGCGCCAAGUUCACGCUGGUGGACCCUUUCGAUGGCGGCCGCGGCGUGCUCUUCCGGGAUGUGGCCGGCCUUAGCGAGGCCAAGCAGGAGGUGAAGGAGUUCGUGGACUACCUCAAAUCCCCGGAGAAGUACCAGCGACUAGGAGCCAAGGUGCCGCGCGGAGCCCUACUCUUGGGUCCCCCCGGCUGCGGCAAAACGCUCCUGGCCAAGGCAGUGGCUACCGAGGCCCAGGUGCCGUUCCUCAGCAUGAAUGGCUCCGAGUUUAUCGAGAUGAUUGGCGGACUGGGGGCAGCCCGGGUGCGUGAUCUGUUCCAGGAGGGCAAGAAGCGGGCACCAUGCAUCAUCUACAUUGACGAGAUCGAUGCCAUUGGUCGCCAGCGCUCUGGUACGGAGAGCAUGGGCCAGGGCAGCUCCGGUGAGUCGGAGCAGACGCUCAACCAGUUGCUGGUCGAGAUGGAUGGCAUGGCCACCAAGGAGGGAGUCCUCAUGUUGGCCAGCACGAACCGGGCCGACAUUCUCGACAAGGCCCUGCUGCGUCCUGGUCGCUUCGAUCGUCACAUACUCAUCGAUCUGCCCACACUGCUGGAGCGAAAGGAGAUCUUCGAGAAGCAUUUGUCGUCGGUGAAGCUGGAGUCGCCGCCCGACACAUACUCGGAGCGCUUGGCGCGCCUGACGCCGGGAUUUUCGGGCGCGGACAUCGCCAACGUCUGCAACGAGGCAGCCCUGCAUGCGGCGCGAAAUACGCAGAAGGAGGUGAGCAGCAAGAACCUUGAGUAUGCCGUGGAGCGCUUGGUUGGCGGCACUGAGAAGCGUUCGCAUGCGCUGUCGCUGGCGGAGCGCAAGGUGAUUGCUUACCACGAGUCCGGACAUGCUCUGGUCGGCUGGAUGCUCCCCAACUCGGACAUCCUGCUCAAGGUGACCAUUGUGCCGCGCACCAGUUUGGCCCUGGGCUUCGCUCAGUACACACCCAGCGAGCAGCAUCUGUACAGCAAGGAGGAGCUCUUCGACAAGAUGUGCAUGGCGCUGGGUGGCCGGGCGGCCGAGAAUUUGGUCUUUAAUCGGAUUACGACGGGCGCCCAGAACGACCUGGAGAAGGUGACGAAGAUCGCGUACUCACAAAUAAAGAAGUUCGGCAUGAGCAAGGACCUGGGUCCUAUCUACGUCCGCGACGCCGACGAGACGGAGAGCGGCGGUGCGAUGGGCAGCGGCGGCAAGAAGCCUUUCUCACGGGCCAUGGAGACGCUCAUCGACAACGAGGCGCGCCAUGUGGUGGCCAAUGCUUACCAAACCACCGAAGGCAUACUCACCGCCAACCGUGAUAAGCUGGAAAAGCUGGCCGAGGCUCUGCUGGAAAAGGAGACGCUCGACUACGACCAGGUGGUGGAGCUGAUCGGACCGCCGCCACACGAUAUUGGCAAGCGGCAAGUGGACGCCGUGGAGUUUGAGCAAUCACUGAAGAACCUGGGCACCGAGCCGGACCCAGCCAAAGCCUGAGGCGACAGUCGGAGUCAAUAGUCAGCGGCCACGUGCCGCAAAGUCGCCAGUGCCCGCCCGAGUCGCUCACCUUUCCACACCACCCCUGGUUUAUGUUCGUUAAUUGUAAAUAAAGUUGUUUGCCUUAUUAACUGA